ACCGCCUAUUACCCCCCGCCGCGCGUCACCCUCCCGGCCGGCUUGGAGAUCCUGCGCACCUACUCGGGGGCCUUCAUCUGCCUGGAGAUCCUUUUUGGAGCGCUCGUCUGGAUUUUGGUUGCGGCCACCAAAGUCCCUUUGCCGCUGCUACAGGGCUGGGUGAUGUUUGUAUCGGUGACGGCCUGUUUCUCGUCCAUCACCUUCCUCAGCGUUUUUCUCUUGAACUACAGAGACAGAAUCGCGAUUGACUGGAACCGUUUGGAUUUUCUUUACCACGCAGCUGUCUUUGUCUUUUAUUUUGGCACCUUCCUUCUACAAGCGGCAACCACCUCCUUGCAUGCCCAUCCGAUGAAGCUCAGUGCGCAUCUUCCUGCCAACUCUACCGCCGUUGUCUUCUAUGAAAGACUUCUCAAUGACCAUGAGUAUAACUUGAGUAUAGCAGCUGCUAUUUUUGCUUUUGCAACAACUGUGUGUUAUGGGUGCAGCACAACCCUGGCUUUAAGAAGAUGGAAGCUAUAGCACUGGAAAAGACAGGCAGCUCAACAGCAUCCCGGACUGCUUUGUGUCCCCGUUCAGAAGAUCAAACGAUGUUUGAUGUGCUCGUCAGAUAAGAGCAGAGUGCCAACAAGUGUUUGGAAUGCAUUUAUAUUUUUCUAAAAUGUUGGUGCACACUUGCUUGUGCAUUUGCACACACAGACACACAAUAAGUCCCAUGUCAUCAUUUUAGAUAUAUAUAGAGAUAUAUAUAUAUAUUUCGACAGGGGAGAAGCAUUUUUACUUUAAAACUGGACCAAAAAUGCCACCCUGUUUUCACAAGUUUUAGAAUGCUGUGCAGUGUUUUUGGCCUUGUUAUGGAGGAACAAGAGAAACCCUUAUGAUUUCUGGAGAGUUGCUUUGCUCGGCGUGGUGGAAAACAGUGGAUUUAGUGGGCAAGUUCUUGAUGACUCUGCUGGCUGCUGUUUGCAGGUGUCUUCCACUCUUUCCCAUCAUCACAUUGCCACUGAAAUGAUGCUGCAUCUGAAUGCCAAUGCUUCCCCAUUGCAGGGAAUAGUUUGAAAACCUCCUUUGCUUCAUGCAGCAACAAAGCAAUUCAUUGGAAAAAAAAAUAAACAGAAGAAGCCAUUCCCAGUGUCAAAUGUUCUUCUCGCCCACCACCCCCUACAACUAAUUAAUUUUUCUCUUCCCCUUCCUUGUCCCCCGUUGCCUCCCGUUUUAAAACAAACAGUUCCAAGUGGAAAAUGACCGAUCUGCACAUUGCUGUCCACUGCAUUUAAUUUAUUUAUUUGUCCAGCUUUCAGUUUCUUGUGUUCACCGAACUCUUAUGAUGGAGCAAUAUCCUCUGCAGCAGAUAGUAUUAUAAUAAAGUUGAGUGAUAACUAGGGUUGUCAUUAGCAGACAGUUGGAUUUUUGGUGCUAAACAACAGCUUGCGGGAGAAAUAAAAGAUCCUGGCAAAUGCGUUGUGCAUUAAGGAUGCAUGCAGACACAGGGAGGCAGCUAUAAAACGCGAAACUGCAGUGCUUCUGGCUGAAAAUUAACUCUCUUAGCAACCUGACAAAGUCAGUUGCUGAGCAACCACCAUUAAUUUCAGCUGAGUAGGAGAUGGAACCCGGAUCGCCAGGUCUUCGGAUUUGGCCCUGACUUAGGUAUGAAGGUCCAUCUUCGGAGCCUGAAGGUGGUAAUUUAAAAUCUCAGGGCCAUCACUUAGGGUUCAUCUACACAACACACUGAAUGGCAACUGAACUCCACUCUAAAUACUGUGACUCCGUUCUGCAGAACUUUUGGCUUUGUACUUAGGUGGGGCACUUAGCAUGCUGUGCAGGAACACUCGAUCUCUUUAGUUCAAGCGUGUGCAGCAGAAAUGUCUAGCAGAGUAUUUUGUCUACCUUGCCAGCAUGCGCACCCCAGCAUUGCCAUGAGAUGCACCCAUGGCAAUGGAAGUGGGCUCAGACUGCUAUACCUAUGUAGCACACAUUUGCUCUUCAUCUUAGAUUAUUCUCUUAUGAAGCUUGGGUCUAGAUAGAUUGCAUCAUUUUAAACUUAUUUAGAUAGUUACUCAUCCCUCUUACAUAGAAAAUAUUGCAUGAGAUUUUCCUGUCCCCUCUAAAUCCACUUCUUUAUUGCUAAGCUGUGUCUCUCACCUCUAUUUAGCUAUAAUAUUUUUGUCUUCAAUCUGAGGCUUUUGCCAUUCUAUAAGGGACCCCCAUGACAGCUUGUGAAUAGGGCUAGAGAUGGCUGGUGGAUUUCUCCUUUACGUAACGUUCUUGUCGUGGUGCCUGUACAGACAAGGCCAUGGGUUUUGUCACUAGUAAUCAAAAUUUAAUCUUUCAUAAACAUUGCCUUUCCAUUUUUAAUUUAUGGAAGUGGGGGAAGUAUUCCUCCAGUACAUAUAAAAUAUCUAGCUUUCAUUAUUACGCUGCACUUUUCACCUAGAAACCUCAAAGCACUUUAUGCAAGAGGUAAUUAUAAUGGCCUCACAGAGGGAAAAGACAUAUCAAACACUGCGACAUUAGCAGAGAACAGAAAUGUACCUUUGUAAUUGAGUUUUGUUUUGUCGCCUUUUUAAAAGAUGGAAGUCUAUCUAUUAGAAUUGACAAUUUACUCAUGAGUGCCCUACCUGUUCAAUGCAGGUCUUGCUGAUUUGGUUGUUAUUACAGCAGUACCCUAGGAAAAUGCUAAAUCUUUUUUUAAAACACACACACACAUUGUUCAUAUAUUUUAAUCCCUUUUUAAAAUGGCUGGCCUGGGUUUUCUAAUGGUUGGCCUAGAUUUUGAAAUAGUCAGCCUUUAUAUUGGUCAAAGAACAUAUUGCAUUUGGUAGCGACCUUCAGAUACAUAUUGCCUAGUACUGUGAAUCACAAUGAGUUGACAGAAUGGACAGAUUGCAGACUUCCGGUGUGACGUAAAGGUCUUAAUCAUCACUCUGGAGUCUUUUUCCAACUUAGCAAGAAGGAUUUGCCAAUACAUGUAUUUCUACCUGUCCCAAUGUCAUUUAAUCUAGAUUCUUGUAUUUAAAUUUUUAUUACGGAUGCCCUACCUUGUUAAAAGCAGCUUUAGAUAUCGAAGGCUAAUAGGUUCUUACACUGACAAACAUUGCUUUAGCAAACAUAUUUAUACAACUGAAACCUUUCAGUGCGUUUUUGUGCUCUAAGUGAGAAAAUGUAUAUUUAUGGUUACCUAUGGUGUGGACUUCUUUCCUUUGAACAUAAAUGUUUUGCACUAUUUUGUAUCUGAGGGUACAUGUUCUUAAAUCAAGUGCUUUAGAGGUCACUGUUGCAUUUGUGUUUUCUUCUAAUGCAAGUUCUUGAAAGACCAUGUGAAUGAAAAUUACCCCAAUGCCUCUGAAUUGAUUUCUUCUAAUGUAAUGUCUUACUUUGUUCUGUCACAAAACCAGGACUUGGAAAUGGUACUUACUUGGAUUUGCCAUACUGGGAAGUCUGGAGAGCUCUGAUCCAAAAAAGUGACUUUUUCAAGCUUUCCAUACAACCUUCAAAUCAAAGGUAUCAGUAGUGGGUCGGAACCUCUGCAUAGCAGGGUGGAUCUAGACUAGGCAUGAGAGACUGGACACAACUCAGUUUUGUGAUGCCCAAGUUAAAUGAAGCCAGCUUUUGGUUGGAUAUCAGAAAAAAAAACUUCCUAACUGUUAGAGCAGUACGACAGUGGAACCAGUUACCUCGGGAGUUAACUGAGUG